AUGGGCAGGAAGCGGCCGGCCGUCUCGGAGCAGUCACUCAGAGCACAAGCCGAAGCCAAGUACGAAGUGCACUUGGCUGAGCGUCGGCAGCUGGAGCAGGAGCGCAUGUCGUCGUACACGGAUGACGCCUUCGAGUGCGAGUCGCCGCACGCCAUGCUGGCCAGCAGCCGCGGGCAGCGGCCCGGGCCGCCGCGCGGCGACGUGCAGACGAGUGGGGGCGACGGCGCGUCCCCGUACCUGGUGGUGGACAACAUCGGCCGCCUGCGCGUGGACAGCGUGAGCGACAGCGACGCCCACGACGACGUGGCGUACGGCGAGCUGGCCCAGCCGCGGCCCGAGAUCAUUUUGCGGUGGAAGCGCUUCGCUGUGCUCGUGGUGCUCACGGCCGCCGUCAUGUCGGCCAUCGCCGCGUGGCUGCGCGAAGGCUUCGUGGUGGACAAGAACGUCCCCGUGGACAAGGCGGAGGACAAGGCGGACAUGGUCAACUCGUACAUUGGUCUCAUCAUGGGCUUCGUCGAGUCGCUCGUGGGCCUGGGCGUGGAGGAGAUCUUCCCCGUCUUCAUCGUGUACCUGCACAACCUGCGCUGGUACCCGGGCGACGACCCGGCCACCAAGAGGCAGAGCAAGUUCAAGAAGUUCUCGCUCACGAUCUUCAUCCCGGCGGUCAUGAUGGCCGUGGGCAGCUCCAUGUCGGCCAUCCAGGCCAACCAGAAGGACGACAACAACGGAGCCAGCAGCAGCAGCAACUCCUCGACCAACGCCACGACCACGAGGUUCCUCAUGCGGGAGGUGACGGAGUUGGGAGGUACGGGACUGGCCGACUCCAUCUUGAAGACAGCGCUGGAGAGGAGAGUGGAGCCCAUGCAGCCGCUGGACACGUCGCGGUGCACCGCGGAGUCGGAACUGCUGUCGGCGCAGUCGCUGCUUGCUGCAGCCCCGAAGGCGGUUUUCGGUUUCCCGCUGCAGGAGUGGAGCGCGGAGUUCGGCAACGGCUGGCACCGAGAAGAAGCGACCCAGCGCUACGAGGUGGCCUAUCCUGGUGCGGUUGAUGCUGAUAGAGACGUGCAGCUGAGUGAGGUGAUGCCACUGACGACAGCCUACGAGUUGUGGACGCAAGGAAAAUCCGCCAUGAUCAAGAGCGUACGAGCCACUUCCAGUGGCCAAACAAGCACAUCUCCACCGACAACGGGCGAACUUUUGGAGGAUGUUUUGAUCUCGCUCCGCGCGGCGGAAAUCCCUUUGGCUGAAACGGCUGCUCUGGAUGCUUCCUUCGAGAGGACGGCCUUGAGCUCCUUGAUGGACAUGGAUGUAAUGACAGUGAAAGUACCGCUGCGUGCCCCGACCAACUCCUCCGUUGUCUGCGGUGAGACGAGUUGUGCGCUUCUGGAGCCGCAACUGAGUUUGGGGCAUCGACUGCCGCGCAAGCAGAUCGGAAUGAUGCAGAUGCCGGGGAAUUGUUCACUUUCGGCAGAGUGCGAAGCUGCCCCCAACGCAGCCUUCCUGUAUGGUUUUACAACCGUGACCGGUGGCACUUCUGAUGGCACAGGCGAGAUUGAACGUUCGUUGGUGCUGUCGUUCGCACAACUUUCAUGGCGAUUUGAUAGUGCGGCGUACGAGUGCGACACCGGAACUUCUUGCCAAGUAUUGCACCACCAGCUCGAUGAUGGUGACCGUCAUUUGGUUGUGCCUAAGCAACUGUUGCCUGCCCAACUCCAGGUCGGCAGCUUCGCAUCACCCGUCUCACUUGUGCAGCUGAUGGAGCCUAAGACCAGGCUGGGUGCGGGACAGGCAUCUCGUUUCGCGACGCUGGAACGAUUGGAUCAGUCGCCCCAAUACAGCGCAAGUACUUGCUCCCCCGCUGUGGACACAUAUCUCCAGUACGUCGACUGCAAUCACUUCUACUUGGGUGGUGAUAUGGUGGACACAAUGGCAGCGUCAGCGCUGCUGUUUCUCUUUCAAAACGCUCAGGUUUUGGAUACUGCGCCGGGGGUGGAGAUCAUGAUGACCCAAAGACGUCUUGCUGAUACGAAUUCGCGUCGAGUCAAGGUCUUCCUGACGAAUACCAAGGUGGGAAAUAUCAGUACCUGGACGGGAUGCGCGGUGUUGUUGUUGUUGACGGUCUUGACCCUGGUGCUGCCGAACGAGCGAGCUCGACUCUCUCCACCUCGUGGAGGCAAUGCCCGUGCCGAAAGGUUCGUGGCUGUGCAGACAGAGCAGAUUUACCCCAACCUUAUUUACAAGAAGCGCUUUCUGAUCGGCAAGACCGGCGAAGAGAUUAAGUUCGGCGAGUUCGCUGUCGAGUCCGUCGGCCUGCACCACAAGAUGGAGGAAGACGAGCAGAUCUAUAUUUGA